AUGGUAUCCCGCGGCAAACACCAAAAGAUGAAGGAUACAAUCAAUCGCACAUUACUCAUCAAAGUAUCCGAAUCAUCACCAGAAGCAGCUUUUAAAGCGCUGGAUGGCGAGUCGUUUCUACGUUUCACUACUUCACACCGCUUCGGCAUACGUCUUACACCGUCAAAAGCCCUGCGAGUCGAACGAAAACGAACGCGCCUUGCACAACAACAAAUGUCCAUUUCCACACAAGAUCACAUCCGACAGUACUCUCGCCAAACUAAUGAGUGGACGUUUGCCUGGAUCGACGAGACGCAAAGACAAGUAUCUGACAUGGUGAAUCGUAAUGAGAAAGAUCACACGAAAAACGGUCCGAAAGAUGCUGUGCUGGACAAUUGCCAAGGCUAA